CUCUAACUCAAUUAUGGUAAAAAAAUAGAAACAAAAUAUCCAAAUAGAUGGAAGCAUAAUCCAUUUAUGUCGCAAAUAUACUACUACUACUUGCAAAAAAGUACUUAAAAAAAUAUGUAUGGGAAACAAAAUAAAUCCACUUGGUUUUAGACUUGGUUUUACACAAAACCAUUGUUCCCUUUGGUUUGAAGAAAGGGAUUAUUCUGAAGAUCUUCGAGAAGAUGAGAGAAUAUAUAAUUGUAUUGAAAAUUAUGUACAACAUAUAAAAAGUUCCAUAAAUUCUAGUUAUGGAGGAAUUACACGUAUAGAGAUUCUGAAACAGACCGAAUUGAUUUCGGUAAAUAUAUAUAUUGCAUUUGUCGACUUGUUUAUCGAAAAAAAGGGCCAAGAAAAAAAGAAAAAAAAAGAUGACGAACAAGAAAUUAAGCAAUUAAGAAAGGAAGUACAAAAUAUGCUUGUACAAAGUAUGCUUGAUUCUGUAAAUAGAAAACUUGUCAUUUCUAUAGAAAAAGUGGAGAAACCUUAUAGAGAACCCAAAAUUCUUGCGGAAUAUAUUGCUCUACAACUAAAGGAGAGAGUUGAAAUAAGAAAAAUAAUGAAAAAAGCUAUUAAACUAGCUGAAAAGGCAGAUGUAGAAGGUAUUAAAAUACAAAUUAAAGGGCGUCUUAAUGGAAUUGAGAGAGCCCGAAAAGAAUUGGCUAUGCAAGGUAGAGUGCCCCUAUAGACCCUUCGAGCUAAAAUUGAUUAUUGUUAUUAUGCGGUUCAAACCGUCUAUGGAGUAUUGGGGAUCAAAAUUUGGAUCUUUGUUUAAGAUGAUCAAUAUCUUUCUCUAAUCUAACCAAUUAGAAAUCUUAAAUUCUAUAACCAAAUAAAAAAAAUGAAACAUCUUGGAGCAGUGCUAUGCUUAGUGUGCGACUCGUUGAGAUCAAGCUUUUGCUUCUUUUCUAAAAUGAUAGAAAACCCCAAAUAAAAACAAAUUGGUCUCUG